AUUGAAUCAUUUCCCCCCGAAACGUGGGUAGCACGCAAUUCAGCGGAGUCGCUGUACUGAGUUAGACCCGUCAUGUUUAACAGUUUUAAAGAGAAAAUUAGUGAGGUUUUAUUACCUGGAGAUGUCUUUACAUUUGACCUGCCUGACUUGGCGUCCAAUGUGAAGCCCGAGAAGGUGAUUUGUGGCCCAGGAUUGCGGCGGGACGGAGAUGAUGUACGCGUGUGUAAGUGUGGCAUUCUACGGCACAAACCUCCAAAUGUGUUCUGGAUAGACUCGCAACAGAAACGGUAUGUGCCGGUGAAAGGUGAGACGGUGAUUGGCGUUGUGACGGCCAAAUCAGGAGACAUAUUUAAGGUGGACGUGGGUGGGAGCGAGCUUGCCUCCCUAUCCUACCUCGCUUUCGAGGGAGCCACCAAGCGGAACCGACCCAACGUACAGGUGGGGGACCUGGUGUUUGCCCAGUUCAUCAUUGCUAAUAAGGACAUGGAGCCUGAGCUGGUGUGCAUCGACAGCUGUGGUCGUGCCAACGGAAUGGGGGUGUUUGGAGAGGGGGGGUUCCUCUUUCGCGUGUCACUGGGUCUCGUGCGUAGGUUGCUGGCCCCUCAGAGUGAGAUCGUGGCAGACCUGUCUGGUCUGUUUCCGUGUGAGCUGGUGGUCGGGUUGAACGGGCGUGUGUGGGUGAAGGCCAAGAGCACCCAGCAGACCCUCAUCCUCGCCAACCUGCUGGAGAGCUGUGAGAACAUGACAUCCAAUCAGAGACAAGCUCUCUUCAAGAGGGUGGCAGAUGGAGCGCUCUAGGACGUGAGUGUGCUGUGUGUGUGUGCGUGUGCAUGUGCUGUGUGUGUAGGUCGCCAACCUGCUGGAGAGCUGUGAGAACAUGACAUCCAACCAGAGACAAGCUCUCUUCAAGAGGUUAGACAGUGCGCUGUAGGACGUGUGUGUGUGUGUGUGUGUGUGUGUGUGUGUGUGUGUGUGUGUGUGUGUGUGUGUGUGUGUGUGUGUGUGUGUGUGUGUGUUUUCCUCUCAUGCUCUCCUCAGACUGUUUUGGCAGUUGCAGUCUUCUGGUCCGUCACUCUGUACAGUCCGUGCUGCAGUGUGAAACAGGGUACUUUAGUUCCUGAUGACUUCUAUACUGUUCUCUGUUGUAAUUUGUUUGUUUUUGUACCUUUUUAUGGAAAUAAAUACAGAAACUGAUCAGACAAG